AUGUCACAAAGCCAUGCCCUCUCCGACGACCAGGUCGCGGGUGAACUCCGCAAAAUGACCGCCUUCAUCCGCCAAGAAGCCCUCGAAAAAGCCCGCGAAAUCCAGCUGAAAGCCGAUGAAGAAUUUGCCAUCGAAAAAUCCAAACUCGUCCGCCAAGAAACGGCAGCCAUCGACCACCUCUACGAGAAGAAGUUCAAACAGGCCUCCAUGUCCCAGCAAAUCACCCGCUCAACACUCGCUAACAAAACCCGUCUGCGCGUCUUGACAGCCCGCCAGGAGCUUUUGGAUGAACUCUUUGAGCAGGCGAGGGCGCAGUUGGCGAGUGUGGCGGUGAAGGGGGCCAAGAAGGGAGGCAAGAAGGGAGGCGGUGGGUAUCAGACGACGUUGAAGGGGUUGGUGCUGGAGGGGUUGUAUGCGUUGAAUGAGAAGAAGGUGCAGGUUCGGGCGAGGAAGAAGGAUUAUGAGGUUGUCCGGAAGGCAAUUGGGGAGGCGGAGGCGGAGUUUAAGGAGAAGGUGGGGAGGGAGAGUAGUGUGGAGUUGCUGGAGAGUGAUCCGCUGCCUGAAGGGUCAGCGGGUGGUGUCAUUAUCAUCGGUACAGCAGGUAAAAUUGACAUCAACAACACCUUUGAAGAACGGCUGCGGCUCCUUGAGAUUGAUGCUCUACCGGCAGUCCGGGAAACGUUGUUCGGCAAGAAUAAGAACCGCAAGUUUUAUGAUUAG